AUGUGUCUUUGAAAAAAAAAAAAAAUAUAUAACCAAAAUGGCUGAAGCUUCGUAUUCUCUGAUGGGGAGCAAGAACCUCACAGACACCUCACCUACUUCCUAUUCGUCGUCUUCGGAAAUGAUGCAGAACAACCUACAGCAGGACGACCAACUGGACACCAGGACGGUGAUUGCUAGCGGACUUGUGGACCUGAUGCGGCCAGCCGUCACAGAAAUCGACAGCCGAGUGAACGAAGUGAGAGAGAGCCAAGUGGAGUUGCGUCAGCAGAUUGACAGCCUAGCAAUUGACUUGAAGAAAAUCUCCGACAGUCAGCAAGUGCCCGUUGACCUGGAACCUUAUGUGAAGAAACUUAGUAAUGCUCGGCGCCGUGUGAUGUUGGUCAAUAACAUUCUACAAAAUGUACAGGAACGACUCAACAAACUCCACAACAAUGUCUCAAAAGAAACAGCACGCAGGAAGGCGUUACUUGAUCCACCCUCUCCUGGAAAACCAAAAUAGAAAGAGACCCAUAUAUUCUAUACAUGCACACACACACACAUACACACACACACACAUACACAUACACACACACACACAUGAGUGAAUGAACAAAUAGAAGAAAGAAGUACUCAAUACAUUUGAUGAGAUGGAUGUCUCCAAUCUACCCACGGAAGUUUGUCAUAUGACGCUGAGUCAGACUGUUAUAAUGUGUGUGUGUAUAUAUAUAUAUAUAAAAUAUACACACACAUAUAUACAUAUAAAAAUAUAUUAUUACAAUACAAUGAUAUAUAUAUAUAUAUAUAUAUAUUUAAUGACCAAGGAUAAAAUCUAUAUAAGAUUUUAUCAAGUAAUAACCCAUACAGGUAACAAUUAAUACAAGUAUAUAUAAUUAUAAUAAUGAGAGCACUGAUGGAUAGCGCCACAUGCUAGAAAUAGAUGCCAAAUGGCUCUAAGAACUACAAUUAUUUACUCCAUUAGCACGGAUUUCAGUCCCUGCUAAUGGAAUAACUGUAGUUCUUAGAGCCAUUUGGUAUCUAUUUCUAGCAUGUGGUGCUAUUCAUCAGUGCCCUCAUUAUUAUAAUUAUGUUUAUAUAAUUAUAUAUGCUUAUAUAUGUGCAUGUCUGUGUGCACACAUAUACACAAGUAUGUACCUGUGUGUAUUAGAGAAGCUAAAAGCAUGAGUACUUCAUAGAAUUUGGAUCCAUAUCUUCGUAUUGAAUCCUCCAUGGAAUAUAGACAGGAGUUUUACCAGCUUUCAUUAUACACACUAACAAACACACUCUUUGAAUGCAUAAGUUGCUUUGUUUAAAUCUAAACCUAUAUCCAUCACUGCUUAAUCUUAGGCUAAUCACCAAUGAGUAGAAUUUGCAUCAUGUAUGUAUGUAUGAAAUGUAUGUGUGGCAGCUAAAGAGAAAGAGAUACCGAAAGAAAUAAGAAAGCCCUAUAUAGACAAGACCUCCAUCGAAUUAAUCCUUGAGUGAAACAAGGAGUGACUCGGUCAUUGAAGAGUCACUCAAACCAAACCUCAACGGUAUGGACUUCAUCAAGCUGUCCCUAUACUCCCACAUAGAGAUCGCUUGUAAUGCAUAAGGCUACUAUCUGUUUUUGUCAAGCAUAAUGCUUAUUUAUUCACAUUUCAAUUAAUCAUGCAUUAUCUUGUAGCUUCAGGAUUUCAGCGAUGUCAUUGUUGACUUUCAGAAUGACAUUGCAGGCUGGAUCUGGCCCAGUUUGAACAUAAAACAGGUAGAAUAUUUGGGCUGAAUAUGGCCAGAUUAAAUACUAAAGUGUUAAAAGUGAUUUCUUUUGUGCCAUAAACCCGUUACCAUUUCUGUGGUGCACCCUCUUUCCUUGAUGUUUUCAGCAAAUGCUUAUUUUACUUAAUAAAACAUGCAAAAUAUUUGAGCCAGAUUUGGCCAGUUUAAGUGCGAAAGGGUCAAGUUAGUUGUCAGAUUACUUUGUCAAAUCUAACACGUAUUUAUUCCCACUCUUUUAAAUUAAUCCUGCUUUACCUUGUAACUUUGAGAUUUCGAUGAUGUGAUUGUUUAUUCUUAGAAUGACAUUGCUGGGGUAGGUGUUAGAGGCUAGAUCUGGCUGGUGUGAAUAAAAAAACAGAAUAUUUGGGCUGGAUACAGCCAUUUUAAAUGCUAAAAGGUUAAGGUUACAUACAGUAUUACCAUGGGAAUAGUUUAAAUAAAUUUGCAUGUGGUGAUGAAACAAAA